GGCAAUUGUCUGUUUCUAUGGCAAUUUCAUGAAGGUUCUUCACAUGAAGGGGAGGAUAAAUCCCUGCAAACGGAGAUGGGUUCUGCCUGUUCAGAAUUCCAUCUUCUCCUUAAACUGUCCACAGCCCUGUUGACAGACAGCAAGGAAAUAUCCUGCAGAAAACACUGUUGCCCACAUCAGUUAAAUCUCCAAGGGCAAAAGAAGGUGAAUUAGCACUCAGUGGCCAUUUAAGAAUUGUUUUAGUUUAUAUCCAUUUUUUUCCUCUGUUUCAUGUGCUGUAUAGUUAGUUACCUGACUCUUUUGGAAGUCGAUGGCUGAUUCUGGGCAGGGGUUUAAUACUGUAAACGGAUCACUUAGAUAGUGCAAACUGGUAAUCAGCAACACAAGGUUUUCUAUUUAUUUAUUUACUGGGUUUCUCCCAGGAAAGGUAAAUCCAGAUUAAAGAGAGGGAGAAAUACGGGCUGGUAUUUUGAUGACGACAACUAUGCCAUGUGGAAGCUACAAAAGAUCUUGGAUGCAUGAAGAGCCCCUUCCCAUAAUAAAUGGUGGCCACUGUGAGAACAGGAUGCUGGACCAGAUGAGCAGCUGGCAUGAUCCAGUAGGCACUUCUUAUGCAGGAGAGGCCUAAUUCUUCCAUUCUUGGUACUUCUAUCUCCAAUACAACCCAGAUAAUACAAUGAGACUCUACUGAAUUGGUAACAGUCAUGUUAAUAGCUAGCUACAGAUGCUGCCAGCUCAGUGCAGGGUACAAUAGAGUUACCCUAAGUUUUCCCCCAGGAGGAUGUAUCCAAACUAACCUUUACACAAAUUUGCUGUGUUCUUCAUUUCUUAGGCUUUAGACUAGACUGCCAUCAUGAGUAAUGGAGGUUGGGUGGGCACAUGGAGGCCCCAUCGUCCACGAGGACCAGUCAUGGCCCAGUAUUCCAGCCCUGGGCCCAAGUACAACAUACCGGGAGCAACAGGUAAGCAAACAGAAACAGAAGUAUAGUGGGGUUUAAAAAGUUGAUUAAAAAAAGGGGGGGCUGGACAGCAGGAGCAGUCUGCCAGGCUGGCCCACCUCACAGAAAUUGAUCAGGGGUGGGGGAGCUCCAUAUUCCGGUACAUAUUUUCCCUUUGGGGGCAUGUAGAAACUUGAAAACUCUUAGAGCUUGGGUCCCCUGCUGGCUCUUGGCCGGGGACACCAGUCCCCUCUGUACCCUGUCCCUCUCAGCUGCCCUGGUGCCCCACAACUAGAAAUGACUGAGAUCAGCUGCAUCAUCAUAGGAGAACAUAUCUUCCCAGGUUCGAUCCCUCGCAUCUCGGACUAAAUGAUCUAAGGAAGCAGGGCCAGGAAUGUCCUUUGUCUUUGAGAUACUGGAGAACUGCAACCAGUCAGAGGCAACGCCUUACUCCUGAGCUCUGUGUCUGUCCUUUUUCAGGUUAUAUCUCGCACAUCCCUACCAAAAGGAAAGCCCCUGCCUACAGUAUGUAUGGCGCAAAGCCCCCAUCCAGCAAAGACAGAGUUCCGGGUCCUUAUGAUGUGCAGGGCUAUAUGACAAACAGAGGAAGGCAAUCAGCUCCGUCUUAUACAAUGGGUGGUCGAUUCAGAGUGAAAAAGGAGGUUACCCCAGGUCCUGGUGAGUAAUAGUCACCCAUCCAAGGUAUAUGUUGACGGCAUCUGCUAACCCAAGACUAAGGUAGAGUUUGGGUGCAUCGUUCCAAAACUGGCCAUUGGAAUGAUUUCUUAUGGCUACGUUGAAAAACAUGCGGUGUCAUCCUCAGAUUAAAUAAUCCAUAUGAGUUGCUUGCUCAGACAGAGACUGGACUGAUUCUGCUUGUUCAGUUUCUUUUUUUCUUUUUCGUAAAUUUAUUUAUUUGGUUUUUCAAUUUAAAGUUUUACAAUCAGGGACUUCCGGGUCAGCGCCAACGACGAAUGGCGGAGUUCCUCCGAUCGGAGGAACGGCCUCUGUGGAAAUUGGGUCUUCCCGCCGCGGCGAAGGUGGGGGCCCGCUAGAAAUCCCAGGCGGAGAAGCCUGGGAACGUGGGGUUCGGCAGAGCACCAAGAGCGCCUCCCCUACUCACGAGGAAACCCCUUUUUGGGGCUCCGGAGUGAAGUGGGGUGAGCAGCGCGGUGCUGCGAACCGAUCGCUAUUUCCAUGGAGGGAAGCCGCGCAGCCAUCGCCGGAGAGCGCUGACUUUUUCCUGAUGACAUUUGGACUCUAAAUCAAGCACCCGUGAGUAAAAACGGAGAAUUGGAUUAAGAAACCUGCAAAAUUUAUGAAUUAGGCACGAAGCGGGAAGGUGUAAACAGGAAGUCCGCCUUCCGUUUUUGUAUAUAGAUUGAAGCAAAGACCUUGCAACCUAAUAGCCUGAAAAACUGCUUUAAAGUUGGAAAUUUCCUGCAUCCAUAACCAAUAAAACCCCCUUGGAAGCAGGAGAAAAGGGGGGGGGGAAUUUGACUGUUUAAUCCUGCAGGAGGAGAGUAAAGGAAUUUAAGUUUCCAUCGUCCCAAACCUGGGGACGGGGUGUCGGGACAGAAGCUGUUUGAGACGUCCAUUGAUUGAAAGUGGAGCACUUUGACAGAUAGUUAAAAAGAAAAAGAAAAAGAGAAACAAAUUAACUUCAAUGCUACUUUCUGCAUUUCUGCUUUUUAAAGAAACAAAGUAUUUGAAAUCGAAAGGAAUUGAAAUCGAAAGUAAUCUCCUUUGUUGGAUAUAUUUUAAAAAUGGAUACAAAUAGAAAUUGUGUCCCCUAGAGGAGCCCGUCAGUUUGUUGUUGCAGCUUACUUGGAGACUCUGCAGAUGUGAGAUUUGGAUCGUGGGACCAGCCGUUUGACCUUGACUUUGAACAGAAAUGUGUUGGCAGGAAGGUUUGGUGUCUGCCCUUGGCAUGACUAAUGCUUUGCUAGAGCAGCUGCAUGAGAAAAAGAACUUGAUGCAUGAAAAAUUGGACCUGAUGAGUGCUGUGGCCAGUGAAUAUGAUUUAACAGGGAAUAAGGAUAAAGAAGUUAUACAGCGAUCAAUUCAGGAACCUGGUUUGACAAGGCAAGUCCAAGGGCAGAUGGAGAAAGAAGAGGCAGUGAUUACUCCUCAAACAACACAAAUGGAAAGACCCAAAGUCCUGCAGGAACAAAAGCUACUGCGUUGGAAGAUUGAACUUGGAGACUGCUGGGAAGUAUUUGAAGUCAAGGAAGCUUUUAACUCUAGUGGGACUAUGAAACAGGUGAACAACUAUCUUCUGGAUAAAUAUUUUUUGGAUUACAAAGAUGAAGAUGGGGAGUGGGACUGUGGGGAAGGGGCCAAUCUGAUGAAGGAAAAUGGAAACUAUUAUCGGAUGGAACCCUCCGGAGACCCACUCCCCAAGAAACCAACAAUUGACAAAGAAGUGCGCAAGCACAAACAGGAACAAAAUUUUUUGCAGAAGGGGCCUAGAAGAGAUUUAAGGGCCUCGGACAUUAGAACACCAGAUUGAUGGACUGGAUGUAAUGGACAGAAAGGACUGACACGACCUGAAACCAGGAAGAAGGGACGUUGGAUAAAAAUUAGAGAUAUCAAGGGAAAUUCUUUUGUUAAUUUUGGAAUUAGUGCAACAUUAAUGAAAUUUGAGGGAAUAUGCUGGAAAGGAAUUAAAUUGGCUUUAGUAGAAAUGAUUUUAAGGAGAUAUGUAUGAAUAUGAUGUAAAUUUUGAAAUUUUAAGAUUUUUAAGAUAAGAUAAGGUUAAAGAGAUUAAGGUAAAUUGAAUAACAGACUAUAUUAAAAGAUGGAAAGGUUAUCUUGAUUAAUAAAUAAGAGAGAUUGUGAAGAUUAAUCAUUUAAAUUAAAAUUGAGAAACAUGGGAAGAAUUUGCUGAAAUAACGAAUUAAACUAGAAUACAAAAAGGGAGGUGUGAGGAGGUUCAAGAAUUAAGCAAAUGAAAAGUUGCAAUCUGAGAUUUGUAUAUCUUUUUUCUUUUUCUUUUUUUCUCUGUGUUUCUUGUUUUUCUUUUUGUGUUUAUGUAUUGAUGAAAUUUUGAAUAAAUAUCAUUCAAAAAAUAAUAAUAAAGUUUUACAAUCAGAUAUCCAACAUACGUCAUAAGGUUCCAUAGAAUCUCCUGGACUUCCCUCCUCCCCUUUGUGGGUCCUAUCGUUAAUCAUUUCCUCCUGCAUCUUUUAUAGUAAUCCAACUGUUUGUUGCGUUUCAACGUGCCUGAAUAUUUUUAGAGAAUAAAAAAGCUCUGUCAAAGGCUGCAUCUGGAUGUUUGUCAAAAGUGUCCUUGAAUCUUGCCACAACAUCAGGCAUAUCUCGUAUGCUACUGUUGGCUUUAGGUUGAAUUUUGUCUUAUUUCUCAGUUUAGGCUGCAUUUUGUCUUGUUUCUUGGUUGUAUUUUUUAUAUUGUGCCAUGUCAAUUUUGGGUAAGCUGCUUUGGGCAGAAUCCAAAGAAGUUCUUCCACUAGUGCAGGAGUGGGGACCAUAUAUUGACCCUCCAUAUAUUGCAUUGUCUCUAGUCACUUGGCCCUGCUUGCUGGGGCUGGUGGUCAUUGUGGCUCAACUAGUUCAACUAGCCUAAGGAUUUCCACUUGCGCAACAGAACUUCUCCCUCUCCUCUCCCUGCAUGCCUCUGCACCCUCCCAGGGCCGGCUCACAACAUUUUGGCAUCUGAGCCAGGCCCCAGAAUGGUGCCCCUGCCCUGCCUGGGAAGAAGGGGUGAGAGAAAAUCUAUAUCCAAAAGGGGGGGGGGGGCGAUAUCAGCAUUAGGUUCUGCUGCCCUGGCAAAUUCAGCCACCUGAGGCAGUCACUUCACCUCAUUGGCCACAGAAGGGACACCCAGUUUCCUGCCAGCUCGUAGGGACAUAGAUACUUUUUCGUCCACCGGUGCAUACACCCUUUGUACCAGGGACAGUUCUGUGGCACAAAUUUGCACAAAACAUACACUUUUUUGGCAUCCUUCUGUCUAGAGAGACAAUGGAAUGCUCCUCAGGGGGUGAAGUCAAACUGCCAGAGAAUCACAGCGCCUGCUGUGGCUGCAGAGACUGGUAACUCGUAACUACUGCCUCCUGUGCUGUUUUUGCUGCAUUCGCAGCACCACGGUGACCUCCCUGGGGUACAAGCCUGGGCAGUGUGUGUGGAGGUCCUGAGCUGCCCAGAAAACAAGACCCACCCCCUCUCAGCCUCAGUGAUGUGGUCCAAAGGAAAACAGAGCAAUGCGUUUGGCACCAGCUUGGCUGCAGGAAUUGCCAGAAGGAGGCAUACAAGACGCCGUCCAACCAUCUUAGGGACUCCACUCAGGAUUUGUGUGGUGUUUCCUCCUUAGCCUUUUCUUCUCCCGAAAACAAGGCAGUGGGUAUGUAUAUGCAUAAGGUAAUUUAUAUGGAGAAACUAAGAUGGUGAGUGGCUGGGGUCUUACAAGCACCACACGGUGAAGAAGGCCCGAGUGCCAUAGAAUUAAAGUUAAGAACAGGAGAUCCAGAAAACACCUGUUGUCUCUGCAACUCCCAAUAGCAUCCCUGCUUCCCACACUACAUUCUAUUCCUUCUGUAUCUGCUGUUUUAUAUUCAUCCAACCGCAGUCUCAUUUGCAAUCAGAAUAAAUCAUGCAAAAUGUACAUUCAUCCUGCAUUUUAAUUCACAUGCCUUAGUCAAAAUGUGAUGAGGGAUUUAGCCUCCCUGCACGCAGAAUGUUAACUUUUUAAUUAACAAAACUGUAGACAGCCCUUCAGAGGCUUUAGGACAUAGCAGUCAUUUUGGCAUGGUGAAAGAUGAGCUUUAAUCUAAUUGCAUCCAUUGCCUUCCCAUCUACCUAGCCUCUUACUCACCAGAGAAGUCACGGAAAAUAAUUUAUCAAAAUGCUCCUGCACAUUCUAUGUCAUUCAGGACUCGUGGUUACAAAGUAGACGCCACACCAGGUAAGGCUUAUCCCUUAUGGUUUUGUUUUUUGCUUUGCUGUUGUUGUUGGAAGGCAUCAAACAUAGGUUGUCUUAAGAAAUCUAUCAAUGAUGAAACACAGCGCAUUAGCUCAGGUCUAUACAUGAUUACUUGAGAGCAAGUUCAGCAGGACUUACGUGUGCAUGUUUAAGCCUAGGGGUGUAGUAUUAUGCUUCUGCCAUUCAGAAAGAUCUUCUCUCAUGGUGGUAAGGCUGUGGGUGGCUGGCAUCAUGCUAACCCGGUAUUAUUAGCUUGCUAAGAUAUCACCAUUCACAAAUUAUGAAAAGAAGAGCGCCUAGCCUUUGCAGUUAGAGGAUAGACUUGGUGGAAGUGGGAAAUAGCUUUUUAUGUUUUGACCUGUGAACUUGAGCGCUGGAGAGAAUGUGCACAUGGCCUCUGGAGGAAAAUAAAAUUAAGAAAACUCUUUUGAAAUGGAGGAGGCGCUGAAAAGCAAUUUCUGAGAUACUGUAUUGCGAUGGUUCGAUGUGUGGGGAACCUUUGGCCCUCCAGAGGUAGCUGAACUACAGCUCCCAUCAACCCCAGCAUGGCCAAAGGCCAGCGAUGAUGGGAGCUGUAGUUCAGCAACAUCUGGCAGACCAAUGGUUCCCUACACCUCUUCGAAGGAAAAUGGUCAAAAGUUUCCUAGGUGGUAUUCCUGAGCACUUAGGCCAACCUGAAGUAGCUCUUUGGAUCCCAACCAUUACCUCCCUCCUCUUCUGGCUCUGCUGGAAGUCUCUGGUGCUCCUCCCAAUGGUUCCCAUGUUCCUCUUUCAGGUCCCAGCGCUUACAUGAUGCCUGAGGUCCUUGGACCGCACACAGUGGCCACCUCCGCCGGCCCUUCUUACUCCAUGACAGGGAGGAGUAAGCUUGGGCGUUUUGAUGAAGACUUGCAUAAGGUAGACUGCUGGUUCAUUUCAUGCCUUGUUUCUCUGUUGGUUACCAAUAGUCAAAGUUGUGCCUGCUCCGGUCCAUUUUUCUGAGAUUUGUUUUAAUCUUGAUUUAAUGCAUACUGCUGGUUGCUAGUGCCAAAGAGCCAAUUUAUGCUCUUUCAUGGGGGUCUGAAUGCUAAAAUUAUUCAUUCAGGAGCAGAUAGAAAUCUGGCUGUGAUGCACUGUUCGCUCUUGCCAUGGUCAUUUUACCAAACUUUUUGCAACGCCUUUAAUCUUGUUUUACCCCUACUUUUUAGCUCCAGUUGUGCAACAUCUUUUACUCUAAUUUUCACGUGUCCUUAAAAAUAAAAAUAAAAAAGCAACUCAAUGACAGGUCCUAUUUUCAUAUUUGCUUUUUUAUUUUACAACUGCACUGAUAAAUCAUUGGGGAGCGGAAGAUAAUUAGUGAGAGAAGUAAAGUGUUGCCACGGUAGAAACUAUAUUCAAUGUAUUUUGGUGUAACACAGGGAGCUGCUCAAUUUUCCUGGGAAAUUAGGAGAUAUGGAUUGUAUUAUUACUUCAUCUAUCGGAAUCCUGUUCCUUCUCUUACAGACCCCUGGUCCUGCUGCAUAUCAUAAGCCCGAUACAGAUAUCUACAAAAAGAGAGCGCCCAAGUAUUCUAUGGGCAGUCGAAGCAAGGGUCUAAGAGCUGGGAAAACACCUGGGCCUGCAGACUAUAGUGUAGGAAAGGUGAGAAGCAGCUUCCUUUCAUUCUUAAUUGUUUUCAGCAAUUAUUACUCCCAUGUACGGAUAUUCUCCUUUCCUGGCAACAGAGCCUGAAAUUGUGGGAUGUGAGGAGAGGGAAAUGUUUGUCCUAAUAUUACAGAAACAGAAGUUAGAAGCUGGUCAUAGGUAGCUUAGCAACCCUGUUCAUUUUUGUUAGACGUAAUUACCAAACCAUCAACUUGUUCUGGCCCAUGCAAAUAAUUACUAGUGAUAUUCUUUAUCUAGAUUGGUCCAUUUGUCGCACGGGUCUGAUUGGGACAUCACAUUUCUCCUUCAAGAAACCAUGGUUUGUUGGCUCAGGAGCAAGCAAUGAGUUGGAGCAGUCCCUCCUCUCCUUAUGCAGCUGGCUGUCAGAGAAACUUUCUGUAUUGUUGAAUGACAGUUUGCCAUGAUGUCUAAAGUAUAGCUUUAAAGCUCUCUACAAGCCAGGAUUGUAAACCAAGAACAACCAGUGGUUUGCAAUCCUGGUUUACAUGGUGUGCUUAGACCAAUUUCCAGGCUUGGAUGUAAUGCAAACUAUAGUUUAACAAACCAGUCUCUUCUGCUGCCAAACACAUGGUUUGACAGGUUGGGAACAUAGUGAGACUACUCAGUGGCGGAGGAAGCUUCUCUGGCACCCGGGGCGGGACACCGAGGGGCAGGGCGAAUCGCCCAGUGACGGAUGCGCGACAUCUGUACGGACUGCGCAUGUGCGGCGACCAUACAGGAUGCCGCACAUGCGCAGUCCGUACGGGCUGCCGCUCUCACGCAGCGGCAGCCCUACAGAAUGCGCACGCAUGGCAGCCCAUACGGUCGCCGUGUGAGAGGCAGCCCAUACGGACACCUGUAUGGACGACACGAGAGCGUGGCAGCCCAUACGGAUGCUGCGCGAGCAGCGCCCUUACUGUGUGCGCCCUCGGCUGCUCUACAGCUGGGGGGAGGCAGGGGCCAUCUUGUCAAACCCGCCCCCCCCCGGGUGGAACCCGGGGUGAUCUGCCCCCUCCGCCCCCCACUUUGUACGCCCCUGAGACUACUACAGGUGUGCGCAAAGCAGUUUGGGGGUUUUGUGAACUGGUGAACAUGAAAAUCGCAUGAAAUUUUGUUUGCAAGUGUGUGCUGCUGGAUCUUGAAACUGUACACACUCCAUUUCCAGAAUCAACCAUGGUGCUACUUAAUUGCAUAUGAAGUUACUCAGACCAGAAGAAACAAGAUGUUGAAAUUACUGUUUAUCUCCAAGGGUCCACAAUGCCCAGGAUAUUCAUCUAGCUCCUCCAGCAGUAUUUCAUGAAACACUGCCCCAGUUGUGCUCUGCAAUUAUUAAUUAUCUGUACUUAAUAGUUCCACUUAACAUUCCAUUUAAAAUGCUUCUUACUCAGUAAACCAGCAGGAAGCAGCCUGUUCUGUUAAGCAGAACACAGAGAUCAAAGAACAAAAUGAAGAAUCUGUUAGCAGAAGCCUAGCCUGUUUCACCUAAUAUAUUUUACACUCCUUCUGCUUCUAGGUAUCAUUGCUCAAAUCUUGUGCUCCAGUUGUCACUUUUGGAAUCAGACACUCCGACUACACAACACCUCUGAUUGUGGACGUCUGCUGAAUUCAUCCCUUGUACAGAAAAUGAUUUUUCUACUGAUAUUUCUAUAUCAUGUUCCUCCACAUUUUAACAGUUAACCACCAGCUGUUUAACUGCAUUUUUUUUACAAAUACCAGAGCUAAAGGACCAUUUAAAAUAUUCAGAAACUGAUUACCAUUCAAGACUGAAGUUCUGUCCUCUGAUGAAGGGAUAUGCCAUAAGCCCCUCUUGUGAGGAAGACAAAGCGCAGCUCACACUUGCCCUACUCUUUGAGCCCAAGGAAUACAUAUCUAAAUGCACGUCGGCAUUCUGACAGCUAGUAUACAAUUAACGGUGUCAUUCUUCAUAAAGUAGGAUCC